AUGCUUUUCAGGAAUCUGUUACUUGGUUCAAGGACCAAAGUAUUGGCCAAAUCGGCAAGUCCGGUCAAUGUCUAUAAACAACUUACGAAAAGAACAAUCUGUUCUACCAACGUGAAAUCUUUGAGAUUUGAUCUAAAUCAGAAAUCAAUGUUAAUGAAAACAUCUCCAUUCACCAAGACCAUUCCCCGUUCGUUUUCUUUGUCUUCUAAAUUUUCAAAUCCUACUACAAUCGCUGCUAACGCCACCGCCACCACCACACCAGUCGUCUCUGAAGAAUCAUUAAAGACAGCUAAAUCAGUCGCAUAUUGGUUAAUUGGUACAUCAGGUUUAGUCUUUGGUAUCGUCAUCCUAGGUGGGUUAACCAGAUUAACUGAAUCCGGGUUAAGUAUCACUGAAUGGAAACCUGUUGCUGGCACAUUACCACCAUUGAAUCAAAAACAAUGGGAAGAAGAAUUUGAAAAAUAUAAGGAAUCACCUGAAUUUAAACAAUUAAACUCUCAUAUCAAUUUGGAUGAAUUCAAAUUCAUUUUCUUCAUGGAAUGGGUUCAUAGAUUAUGGGGUCGUGCUAUUGGUGCCGUGUUUAUCUUACCAGCUGCUUAUUUCGCUGUCUCUGGGAAAACUUCUCGUCAUGUUAAUAAAAGGUUACUUGGUUUAACUGGUCUAUUGGCAUUGCAAGGAUUCCUUGGUUGGUGGAUGGUUAAAUCAGGGUUAGAUCAAGAACAAUUGACUGAAAGAAAUUCAAAACCGACUGUGUCACAAUAUAGAUUGACUACUCAUUUGGGUGCUGCUUUCUUUUUGUAUAUGGGUAUGUUAUGGACUGGGUUUGAAAUCUUGAGAGAACGUAAAUGGAUUAAAGAUCCUGCUGAAGCUUUGAAACUUUUCAAGAAAUUGGAUAAUGGGUCCAUGGGUCCAUUAAGGAAAAUUUCCCUGGGGUUAUUAUUUGUAAGUUUCGUUACUGCUAUGAGUGGUGGUAUGGUAGCAGGUUUAGAUGCGGGUUGGAUUUAUAACACAUGGCCAAAAAUGGGUGAACAAUGGCUCCCACCUUCCCGUGAACUAAUGGACGACAAUUUCGCUCGUAGAGAAGAUAAGAAGGAUCUAUGGUGGAGAAACUUAUUGGAAAAUCCAACUACGGUCCAACUAGUUCAUAGAACAUUCGCAUAUACUAGUUUUGCUGCCGUGCUAGCUGCCCAUAUGUACUGUAUUAAAUUGAAGCAUAUCAUUCCAAAAAAUGCAAAUACGACUAUGCAUGCCUUGAUGGGUGUUGUUACAUUCCAAGUCGGUUUAGGAAUUUUUACUCUAUUGUGGUUAGUACCAAUCCCAUUGGCUUCACUACAUCAAGGUGGGGCGUUGGCUUUAGUGACAACUUCUUUAAUUUUUGCUGUGCAAUUAAGAAAGCCAAGAAUGCCAAUUAGAAACUUGAUUAACAGUUUAUACAUCCAAAAAUUGCAACCAAGUAGCAAGAUUCUCAAUGAGGCAGCUAAAUUCUCUAACAAGGCAUUGUAA